AUGGUCUUGAUCAACGGUGUUAAAUACGCUUGCGAACGGUGUAUUCGUGGCCAUCGUGUUACCACUUGUAUCCAUACUGAUCAGCCCCUAACGAUGAUCAAACCCAAGGGUCGACCUGCUUCGCAAUGUCUGCAUUGUCGAGAGCAAAGAAAGAUGAAAAAUGUCCACAUUUCUUGUACGUGCAACAAGAAGGGAAAGUCACCGGGAACCCACUUGGCCCUGUGUCCAUGCAACAAGAACACACAUUGUACGUGUGCUUGCGUUUCUUCUAAAAAGUUAGAAAAAUCAAAGAAGAAAACCUUGAGGAACCAUUCCGAUAGCGAAGCGGCACUGUUCUCCACGCCCAACGACGACGGGUUGGGUGUCAACUUGCCAAAUCACGACGAUUCUCUCAACUCCAACUAUGUGUUUGAAGACAUGGCAGAGAACCUUGACACUAAUUCUGGUCUUUUUGACUUGUUCUCAAACCAAAACGACCAGUUCAUACCUGCUCAGCAAAUAAACCUGCUGCAGUUUCUGGAUGUGCCCAAUUCUGCGUCGUCGUCUCCGGUACCAUCAAGUUCAAGUAACGCUGCUUUAUCCUCUGCAACACCACAAGAACUGCAACACACCAUAAAAGCCAACACCACACCCGCAAAAGAAGGCAGAAGAGUAGCCGGAGAAGAGUUAAUGUUUCCUCUCUUUCCUUUGGUUGGAUCAUGCAGUUUUGAUGAUAGCGAAUCGCGCCCCCUUCUGACUCUACCAGGAACCCAUCAUCCUAAACCAAUUGUCCCAAACUCGGGCCACCAGCAUUCAGCUGCUAGGCCAAAGCGACCAGAGUCAGUAUUGUCUGUGGCCUCAAACUCCUCUACUGCAACAAACCAGAGCAGACUGAACGUACAGCUCGAGAGUUACUUCAAUGGUCAUUCAGGACCCAUACAGAGCAAUUCAGCAGCUUACCCUCCCUCAUUACCUGAAAGUGCUUCUGAAGGGGGCCCACACGGACCUGAACCAUCCGAUCGAAUGUUUGAAGAGGCAGAGUUCUUCGAUCAAAAUCCUUUCAAUGAGACUCACGAGUUGAGACUUAACGAAUAUCAAAAGUUUAUUGGAGCUAUAAAUUCACAACCUGGCCCGAGAAAUGGCUAUAUGGAAAACCAGCUCGCAAGUAUGCCACAACCGCAUAACUAUUCCCCAAUCAACGAGCCUGGAGCUGGGUCAGCCCCAUUGGCCGUAAAUGUACCAGACCCACAAGAACAGUACAACAUCGACUUUGGCGGUGGUCACAUGUUCAACGAUCUCGUGAGCCCAAUUAAGUUUGAGACAAAGGACGUCAAUUUGUAG